AUGAAUAGGAAGAAAAACCAAGUGAAUCUCGACGACGAACAAAUCGCAGAACUCCGAGAAAUUUUCCGAUCAUUCGACCGAAACAACGACGGAACCCUAACGCAACUGGAACUAAACUCCCUUCUCCGAUCGCUUGGUUUAAAGCCAAGCGCUGAACAACUGGAAGGAUUCAUACAAAGAGCAGACACGAACAACAACGGACUGAUUGAAUUCUCGGAGUUCGUUGCUUUGGUGGCGCCGGAGUUGUUGCCGGCGAAGUCGCCGUAUACGGAGGAGCAACUUCGACAGCUGUUCAGGAUGUUUGAUCGGGAUGGAAAUGGAUUUAUAACAGCGGCGGAAUUGGCUCACUCGAUGGCGAAACUGGGGCACGCGUUGACGGCGGAGGAGUUGACGGGGAUGAUAAAGGAAGCGGAUAUGGACGGUGAUGGGACGAUCAGUUUUCAGGAGUUUGCUCAAGCGAUUACUUCGGCUGCUUUUGAUAAUUCAUGGGCUUAA